AUAUGUGUAUUUAUAUAUGUAGUUAUAUACGUGCUUUUGCAUUUUAGUAGAAGCAUUGGAAAGUAAGCUGCAGACAUUUCCUCAAUAUUUUAGGAAGAUUUUAAACUACUGCUUUGAUUUUUGCUUUUUGAGACUAUUGGGCUGUUUGUGACUUUUAUAUUUGGACAUUUUACACAAAUAAUUUGACAGUUACCCUCUCUCUGUCUCUUACAUGUUCUCCUGGUGCCUCUGACCUGUGGUUGGUGAAAGCAGGAAGUUCUACUACAUCACCCUGCUACGAGACCCCGUGUCCCGCUACCUGAGUGAGUGGCGGCACGUGCAGAGGGGUGCCACGUGGAAGACGUCGUUGCACAUGUGUGACGGGCGCACGCCCACGCCCGAGGAGCUGCCGCCCUGCUACGAGGGCACGGACUGGUCGGGCUGCACGCUGCAGGAGUUCAUGGACUGCCCGUACAACCUGGCCAACAACCGCCAGGUGCGCAUGCUGGCCGACCUGAGCCUGGUGGGCUGCUACAACCUGUCCUUCAUCCCCGAGGGCAAGCGGGCCCAGCUGCUGCUGGAGAGCGCCAAGAAGAACCUGCGGGGCAUGGCCUUCUUCGGCCUGACCGAGUUCCAGCGCAAGACGCAGUACCUGUUCGAGCGGACGUUCAACCUCAAGUUCAUCCGGCCCUUCAUGCAGUACAACAGCACGCGGGCGGGCGGCGUGGAGGUGGACGAGGACACCAUCCGGCGCAUCGAGGAGCUCAACGACCUGGACAUGCAGCUGUAUGACUACGCCAAGGACCUCUUCCAGCAGCGCUACCAGUACAAGCGGCAGCUGGAGCGCAGGGAGCAGCGCCUGAGGAGCCGCGAGGAGCGCCUGCUGCACCGGGCCAAGGAGGCGCUGCCGCGGGAGGACGCUGACGAGCCGGGCCGCGUGCCCACCGAGGACUACAUGAGCCACAUCAUUGAGAAGUGGUAGUGGCGGUGGUGGCCACAGGGAGGCCUCUUGGGGGGUGUGGGGGGUAAAACAGGACAGACAACAGGUCCACCCAAGACUGUCACGGGGAGAGUGUCCCACACCUGCUCCACAGGGAUAGCUGCGUCCUGAAAAUAAACAGAACAGGGACAUAGUGGGGCUGGGCGGGGAUGGCGGCUUGAGGAAUCGACAGGUGCAGCCAGCGGGUCAGAGGAAAGCAUGCUCGGAGGAUGCCACGGGCAGGGCAGGGCCUCCAGAGCAGGGGUUGUGCCUGCUCUCCUGGCCCCCUUGGAUUUAUCACAAAAACUGAAGGUUUGCACAAGAGACAAGGACAGCAGAACGUGGACCUGCCAGGCCAGGAGUGUGCCCCUCACCAGCUAUGCACACGGCACUCGCUCUUAGCUCCUCUCUCCAGGCUACUAGGAGUGAGACCGGCUUCUGGCAACUGCCCCGGCUCCAGGCCAUCCCAUAGGCCCUCCCCUUCUGGCUGCCCCCGAUGCCCCAAGGCCUGGGGAGCCCCCAGCUCACCCAUCUGUAGCUCCCUCAAGGUCAGGGCCCACCCCAUCUGAGGCAGAGAAGACUCGAGUCCCCAGGAAGCCCACUCCGCCCUGGUCCAUGGUCCUGCUCCAUGCUUUGGGUCAGGAGGCCAAAGCUGAUGUUCAGGCCCCACCCACUCCCCACAGUCCUCAGACCAAGGAGGGGUUUGGGGAGUGGGCCCAAGCUGCAUUGCCGGCCCUCUGUGGGCCGACUGGCAGCCCAGGAGUGGGGAGGCUUUGGCCGGAGAUGCUGCCACUUGUGCCUGAGUCCCUGGCUGGCCUUUGGAGGUGACCACCCAGGCAGACGUGGCUCAGACUGGAAGGGCUGGGGACCGAGCGCUUGCCUGCCUCAGUUCUCCUUUCUGACCCACUGGGAUUUGCUAGCAGGCUGCCCAGCCCCAUCACUGAGACACGUACUCAAGAGCUCAAAUACCACUGCUGCCACCAGCGUGUGGAUUAAGUUCAUCAGGCCUCCAUCGGCUGGAGCGUGGGACCGAGCCACACCCUCGGACCACAGUGGCUCUGGAUGGCCGGG